AUGGCGGACGCAUUGAAAUCUGAAGGUAACAAGGCCUUCUCGGCCAAGGACUACCCCACAGCCAUUGAGAAAUUCACCCAGGCCCUUGAGAUCGAACCCGAGAACCACAUCCUCUACUCCAACCGUUCCGCUGUCUACAACGCUCAGAGCGAAUACCAAAAAGCCCUCGACGAUGCCGAGAAGGCGAUCGGCAUUAAGGGCGAUUGGUCAAAGGGCCACCUCCGCAAGGGUGCCGCCUACCGCGGUCUCGGAGACCUCUUGGCCGCCUACGACUCCUACGAGGAGGCUCUGAAGCUGGAGCCCGGUAACGCCCAGGCCAAGUCCGGUCUCGAUGCCACCCAGCGUGCUAUCCAGGCCGAGGCCACUGCCGACGGUGUCCAGGGAGAUCCUCUCGGUGGUCUGGGCGGCAUGUUCAACGACCCCCAGAUGAUCGAGAAGCUGGCCAACAACCCUAAGACCUCUGCCCUGCUGGCUGAUAGCGAAUUCAUGGCCAAGCUGGAGCGCCUCAAGUCCAACCCCAACGCCAUUGGCGAGGAGAUGCGUGACCCCCGUUUCCUCCAGGUUAUGAGUGUUCUGCUCGGUAUCGACAUGAACUUCGGUGGCGAGGGUGGUCCUUCCGAGGCCCCUCCUGCCCCCCAGUCUAAGCCCGCUCCUCCCCCCAAGGAGCCCACCCCGGAGCCCGAGGAUGAGGAGGCUAUCGCCAAGCGCAAGGCCCAGGAGGCUGGUGAUGCGGAGAAGAAGAUCGGUAACGACUUCUAUAAGAAGAAGGAGCACGACAAGGCUAUUGAGCACUAUGAGAAGGCUUGGGAGCUGAACAAGGACAUCACUUAUCUGAAUAACAUCGGUGCCGCCAAGUUCGAGAAGGGAGACUACGAAGGCACCAUUGAGAUUUGCAAGAAGGCUGUCGAGGAGGGCCGUGACCUGCGCGCCGACUUCAAGACUGUCGCCAAGUCCUUCACCCGUAUUGGUUCCGCCUACGAGAAGCUCGGUGACCUCACCCAGGCCAUCGAGUCCUACAACAAGUCCCUGAUGGAGCACCGCACCCCCGAAGCUCUGACCAAGAUGCGCGCCGCCGAGAAGACCCGCGACACGAACGAAAAGAACUCAUACAUGGACCCCUCCAAGGCCGAAGAGGCCCGCGAGCUCGGUCAGAAGAAGUUCCAGGAAGCCGACUGGCCCGGUGCGGUCGACGCUUUCACCGAGAUGACCAAGCGUGCCCCCAGCGAUCCCCGCGGAUACUCGAACCGUGCCGCGGCUCUGGUCAAGCUGAUGGCCUUCCCCCAGGCUGUGACUGACUGCGACGAGGCUAUCAAGCGCGACCCCAAGUUCUUCCGUGCUUAUAUGCGCAAGGGCCAGGCUCUUGUCGCGAUGAAGGAGUUUAACCGUGCCCUGGAUACUUUCACCGAGGCCGCGGAGAAGGAUGAUGGAAGCCACGCUCGCGAAAUCGAGCAGCAGCAGCAGAAGUGUCUGGAUGCGCAAUUCAGUGCUCGCGCUGGUGAGACUGAGCAGCAGACUUCUGAGCGUAUCCAGAAUGAUCCUGAGAUCAUGUCUAUCCUCCAGGACCCCGUCAUGCAGAGCAUUCUGCAGCAGGCGAAGAGCGACCCGGCGGCUCUGCAGGAGCACAUGAAGAACCCGCAGGUGCGGAUCAGUGUGCAGAAGCUGAUGGCGGCGGGUGUGAUCCGCAUGGGCCGGUAA